AACUGACAGCAUUUUUGGCGCGUAUUAGCCUGUGUUUGUGUUUUUUCCUCGCUGUGAGAAAAUUCUCUGAAAAACUCUCGUGAAAAUGACGGAAAAUGAGCGAUAUCUGCAGGAUAUUCAGAGGGAAUAUGUGGACUUCCUGGACGAUGAGGAGGAUCAGGCAAUCUAUUCCACGCUGAUCAAGACAAUGGUAUCGGAGGAUUCCCGGCGUCUUAUUGUCAACAUCAAUGAUCUACGAAGGAAGAAUCCCGCCAGGGCAGCCAGUCUCCUCAAUAAUGCCUUUGAGGAGCAGCUGGCUUUCAGUAGGGCCCUCAAGGAUGUGGUUAUGUCAACCCAAUCGAGCUACACGAAGGUCAAUGAAGACUUCUUUGUGGGCUUUGAGGGAAGUUUUGGGAAUCGUCACGUUACUCCACGAUCCCUCACUUGCCAAUUUCUUGGGAAUCUCGUCUGCGUGGAGGGAAUUGCAACAAAAGUCUCCCUGGUGCGCCCCAAAGUUGUCCGGAGUGUUCACUACUGCGCUGCCACGAAGAAGGUGAUGGAGCGCAAGUACACGGAUUUUACGUCAUUCGAAGCCAUCCCUUCGUCAGCAGUUUACCCAACAAAGGAUGAAGAUGGGAAUCUGCUGGAAACAGAGUACGGGCUCUCUGUGUACAAGGAUCAUCAAACAAUGACACUGCAGGAGAUGCCGGAGAAGGCUCCAGCUGGGCAAUUGCCACGAUCUGUGGAUGUUAUUUGUGACGACGACCUCGUGGAUCGCGUCAAGCCGGGAGAUCGUGUACAGAUUGUGGGGAAUUAUCGUUGCCUUCCUGGGAAACAAGGUGGCUACACUUCGGGGACUUUCCGCACUGUCCUGCUGGCCAAUAACAUCUCGCAGCUGAGCAAGGAGAGCAGCUUGGCAAUCUCACGCGAAGAGAUCACGCUGUGCAAGAAGCUUGCCAGGAAUAAUGAUAUCUUUGAGCUGCUGGCCAAGAGUCUCGCUCCCUCAAUUUAUGGGCAUGAGUACGUGAAGAAGGCCAUCCUUUGCCUCCUCCUGGGGGGCAUUGAGAAGAAUCUACCCAAUGGAACACGUCUCCGUGGGGAUAUCAAUGUUCUCCUCAUUGGAGAUCCCAGUGUGGCCAAAUCUCAGCUACUUCGGUACGUCCUGCAAACAGCCCCGCGAGCAAUUGCAACCACCGGAAGGGGAUCCACGGGUGUGGGUCUCACAGCUGCAGUUACAUCAGAUCAGGAGACAGGAGAGAGGCGCCUGGAGGCAGGUGCUAUGGUCCUGGCAGAUCGAGGAGUUGUCUGCAUUGAUGAAUUCGACAAGAUGAGCGAUCUCGAUCGCAUUGCCAUUCACGAGGUGAUGGAACAGGGAAAAGUUACCAUCUCCAAGGCGGGAAUUCAUGCCUCCCUCAAUGCCAGAUGCUCCGUUCUGGCUGCGGCGAAUCCCGUCUAUGGAAAGUACGAUCAGUACAAGACUCCAAUGGAGAAUAUUGGCCUUCAGGAUUCCCUCCUGUCGCGUUUUGAUCUUCUCUUCGUCAUGCUGGACGUUGUGGACACGGAUACGGAUCAGAUGAUCUCAGAUCACGUGGUGCGUAUGCAUAGAUACCGGAAACCUGGAGAGCAGGAUGGGGAAGUCCUGCCAAUGGGUGGAAGCUACGUUGACAUGCUGACGACGUUCAAUGCGCGCAAAGAAGACUCCAAGGAGACGCCAAUGUAUGAGAAGUACGACGCUCUAUUGCACGGAAGCUCCCGGAGGGCUUCUGAUAAGAUCCUCACGGUGGAUUUUAUGCGGAAGUACAUCAAUAUUGCCAAAUGUCUCAAGCCGAAGCUCACGGAGCAGGCAUGUGAGGUGAUUUCCAAUGAAUACUCUCGGCUACGUUCGCAGGAUCUCUCAGAUUCGGACAUGGCACGUACACAGCCCGUUACAGCACGUACCCUCGAGACGCUCAUUCGUCUGGCCACAGCUCAUGCAAAAGCACGAAUGGCUAAAUCUGUGGCUGUUCAAGAUGCCCACGCGGCGAUAGAACUCGUUCAAUUUGCCUACUUCAAGAAAGUCCUGGAGAAGGAGAAGAAGAAACGUCGCCAUGAUUCGGGAUCUUCAGCCGAUGAGGCUGAUUCCGAUGCUGAGGGUCAAUCUCAAGCUUCUCAGGCCACUCAAUCAUCCCCAAAUGGAGCCACGAGACGAUCAAAGAGAGCACGUCAAGAGGAACCGGCGGUGGUAGCUCACACUGAGGAGGAUGAUGAAGUGGAGAUGCCUCCACCGGACAGGGGUGAUCUCACAACGCGUGAAAGCCGGCAGGCAACGGAAGCAGAGCCCACAAUCCCGAUGGAUGAAACGGAGCCCGUAGAAGCGAUGGAUGAUGAAAAACUCGGCACUUUCAAGUCAAUCCUGCAGAAAACUUUCCGCGAGGGACGUCUCCAGUGCAUCAGUUUGGCUAAAUUCAGAGAAAUCCUCACCAGGGAGUCUCCUUCUGUAUCCUUCUCCUCGGGAGAAAUUCAAUUUGCCAUCCACCAAAUGACCGAAGAUAACCAAAUUAUGUUUGCCGAUGGAAUGAUUUUCCUCAUUUAGAAGUUUUCUUUUUUUAUUCUUUUAACAUUUUUAUUUAACUUUUAUUCAUCACUCUCCCAUUUGAAGAGGAAGAGAGAGAGAAAGAGAGAACCCGGAAUUGUUCCGUUGCCUUCCGAAAUGAUCUUUAGUUUGUAAGUUUUUCUGUUUUUGUACACACAAAAGUUAAUCUCCAAAUAAAUAUAAUACAUAAGAAUGGGUAAUGAAUCA